UCGGCAAAAAUGCUUGAUGGGGUAUUUGCAAUGGCUGCAGAAGAGGGAGCGAGGGAGGCCGAUUACCGGAGGAGGAUGGAGGAAGAAGAAAAGAACUACGUCGCUGGCAACAAAUUUCCCCGGCGUUUCGCCAUCAAAUCGAGCCACAAUGACAAGUACUUGCGGUACAUAAACUACGACAGCAACGAAUCAUUCGACGGUGUUCUCCAAUUCACCGGCGGAAGAAUGAUAAGUCCAUACACCAAGUUCGAGUUCGUGCAUUCCAACGUCAAGGGAUGCUUCCACAUAAGAUGCUGUUACAACAACAGAUAUUUGGUUCGUCGCGACGAGAAAUCAUCAUAUAUCGUCGCGACUGCCUCCGAUCCUGUAAAUGACCCUUCUGAUUGGAGAUGUACGUUGUACGAACCCUUAUAUGAUUCCAAAAACAAGGGGCAUCAACUUCGCCACUAUCAGCUUUCCAAACUCGUGUAUAUAUACAAUAGUCCCGAAGUCCCCGAAAUUCCUAAUGCUGCCAAUCCCCAAGGCAAGCAGGAUUCUAAGCAAGCAUUCUACACCAUCGUGGAUUGGGACUCCAUCUUUAUACUGCCCAAGUAUGUGAUCUUGAAGGGAACCAAUGGGCAGUACCUCGAGUUUAAUUGGGAAAAUCUUCUUCAAUGUGCAGGCUCUAAUGCUAAAGAUAGUUCUAUUGUUUAUGAGAUCCUCCCUACAAAAGAUGGCAAUAUUCGUAUGAAGCAUGCUACAUCGAGUGUGCUUUGGUUUCGUGGUCGUCGUAAUUGGAUAAUCGCCAAAAUAAUAGAUGCUAAUACCAACGAUCCCAACGCCUUGUUUUGGCCCUUCAAAGUUCAAGACAACAUCGUGGCUUUUCGUAAUUUGGGUAACGAUCGUUUCUGCGUGAGAUCCACUAGCACCUAUACGGAUUGUUUGAAUGCUGAUGCGAGUUUACUUUCAAGCCUGGCGCACAUGGAAGUAGAGGAGCCUGUAGUGUCAAGGACCAUUGAUAUGCUGAGGUACAAGCUGAAUGAUGCAACAAUUUAUGAUCAAAAGGUGUUGAGCAUGGCCAAAGGAGACGCUAUCAACAAGACAAAAGAAAUCGACACAGUAACCUUUAAAUUUUAUUAUGAGAAGAAAAUGAAGACAACCUGGAGUGCUACCCUGUCAUCCAAGAUUGGUCUGACCACAAAAUUUAAAUUAAAUGGGAUCCCUAUUAUUGGAAGUGGAAGUAUUGAAAUUUCAACUGAGCUUGGGACUGAAUAUUCAUGGGGAAAAACCGAUAAACAUAAAAGUAUAAUUGAACUUACUUAUCCUGUGACUGUGCCUCCAAUGUCCAGAGUGGAGAUUAGUGCUGUGGUGAAACAAGGGAUGUGCAAAGUUCCUUUCACCUACCGUAGAAAUGAUGUUUUCUACAAUGGCCGUACGGUUACUUCUUAUUACAGCGAUGGACUUUUCACUGGUGUCAACUCCUACGACUAUGAAUUCAGUUCUAGAGCUGUGCCAAUGGAGUCACCACAAGGGUAAAUUUGUUAAGCUACUUUCACUUUCUUUCUUAAGGUAAUUUUCUCUGUUGUUUGUGAAGAAUAAUGGUUGAGAAACCAAGUUUGAUUUGUUUGGUAGUAUGGUAUGUGUUUGGUAUUUAUUUAGCGAAAUGGUAGAUACGUCGUAAUGACAAAAAAUGGGAGGAUUUUAUGGACUAAGAGGAAGUAAGAACUUUAAUAUCUUCCCAAAGGAUGGCGGAUGAAGAGGGACAAUCCGUGAACGUUUGCUUGUUUCUCUCGAGCCAAACAGAUCGAAGGAAGGAUGGAGCCAACAACAUUUUGUCAUAGGAUGAAUCUGCUUUACUGCUAUGUGUUUGGUGUUUAUUUAUGUGAUGUAACUUUUGAA